CUCUUCCAGUCAAGCGGCGACGGAGUGCUCACCCUCGGCGGCGACCAAUCGCAGCGAUCUUCUCCGGCGGCAAUCCCUCUCAUCUCCAGAAUGAGUUCCUCCGAUUCGAAAAAUUCAAGAAAGGAUUUUGUGUGGAAGUAUGUGAUUGAAGUUUCUGGAAAGCAAUAUUUAAGAUGUAAAUUUUGCAAUCAAAGAUGUACGGGAGGGGUGAAUAGACUAAAGCAUCACUUAGCUGGAACUCAUCAUGGUAUGAAACCAUGCAACAAAGUUAGUGAAGAUGCUAGAUUGGAAUGUAAAGAGGCAUUGACUAAUUUUAAGGAUAAAAAAACGAAGAGAAAUGAAUUGCUCCAAGAAAUUGGUAUGGGUCCAACUUCAAUGCAUGAAAGUGCCUUGUCUAAAACAAUAGGGACAUUAGGGAGUGGGAGUGGGGAACCUAUUCCUAGGGGACCCAUGGAUAAAUUUACCACUUCACAACUUAGACAAAGUACUUUGAAUUCAAAGUGGAAGCAAGAAGAAAGGAAGGAAGUGUGUAGAAAAAUUGGUAGGUUUAUGUAUUCAAAAGGUCUCCCAUUCAACACUGUGAAUGAUCCUUAUUGGUUUCCUAUGAUAGAUGCUGUUGCAAACUUUGGGCCCGGGUUUAAGCCUCCAUCUAUGCACGAAUUGAGGACAUGGAUUCUUAAAGAAGAGGUGAAUGACCUAAGUAUCAUUAUGGAAGAUCACAAAAAAGCUUGGAAAUAAUAUGGAUGUUCAAUUAUGUCAGAUAGUUGGACAGAUGGAAAAAGUAGGUGUCUUAUCAAUUUUUUGGUGAAUAGUCCUGCUGGCACUUGGUUUAUGAAAUCAAUUGAUGCUUCUGAUACAAUAAAAAAUGGGGAAUUGAUGUUCAAAUAUCUUGAUGAGGUGGUUGAAGAAAUUGGAGAGGAGAAUGUUGUGCAAGUCAUCACUGAUAAUGCCUCUAAUUAUGUGAAUGCUGGAAUGAGGCUUAUGGAAAAAAGGAGUAGAUUGUGGUGGACUCCUUGUGCUGCUCAUUGCAUUGAUUUGAUGUUGGAGGAUAUUGGAAAGCUAAAUGUUCAUGCUACUACACUUUCUCGAGCUAGGCAAGUUGUGAAGUUUAUAUAUGGGCAUACUUGGGUUCUUAGCUUGAUGAGAACAUUUACAAAAAAUCAUGAACUUAUUCGUCUAGCAAUUACACGGUUUGCUACUGCAUUUCUUACUCUCCAAAGUCUUUAUAAGCAAAAGCAAGCUCUUAUAGCAAUGUUCUCCUCAGAAAAAUGGUGUUCAAGCACAUGGGCUAAAAAGGUAGAAGGUGUGAAAACUCGAAGUACAGUGUUGUUUGAUCCAAAUUUUUGGCUUCAUGUUGCUUUUUGCAUAAAGACCACUGUUCCAUUAGUUAGUGUCUUGAGAGAGGUUGAUUCAGAGGAAAGACCAGCCAUGGGUUAUAUUUAUGAGUUGAUGGAUUCAGCUAAGGAGAAGAUUGCAUUUAAUUGUCGGGGCAUGGAGAGAAAAUAUGGCCCAAUUUGGAGAAAAAUUGAUGCAAGAUGGACUCCGCAACUUCAUCGACCUUUACAUGCAGCAUGCUAUUAUCUUAAUCCUCAAUUGCGGUAUGGAGAUAAGUUCUCUAAUGUUGAUGAGGUGAGGAAGGGAUUAUUUGAAUGCAUGGAUAGGAUGUUGGAUUAUCAAGAACGUUUAAAAGCUGACAUUCAGUUGGACUCAUAUGACCAAACAAUGGGUGAAUUUGGGAGUCGUAUUGCAAUUGAUUCUCGAACAUUAAGAAGUCCUACAAGUUGGUGGAUGCGUUUUGGGGGUUCAACACCGGAGUUGCAAAAGUUUGCUAUUCGAGUCCUUAGCCUUACUUGUAGUGCUUCGGGAUGUGAAAGAAAUUGGAGCACAUUUGAAUCGAUCCAUACAAAAAAAAGAAAUAGACUUGAACAUCAAAGGUUGAAUGCUCUAGUGUAUGUAAGGUACAACACUAGAUUGAGAGAGCGAAGUCUACAAAGGAAGCAAAAUGUUGAUCCAAUCUUGGUAGAGGAGAUUGAUUCCGAUGAUGAAUGGAUUGCGGAGAAAGAAGAUCCCCUCCUCCCCCUUGAUCUUUGUUGGCUUCAAGAGAAUGAAUUAUUCAAUGUUGAUGCCAUUAGAGUUGUGUCAUCCAACUCCCAAGAGACGCAAACAUCAUCGGAUCAUAUGGUUUCUUCACAUUCCUACAAAAGGAAACAUAAUGAAGUACCAAGUACAAGUGGAGGCAAAGGCAAAGAGAAGGAAUUGAAUUUGACACCAAUUGAUGAAGAUGAAGAUUUAGAUGAAAUGGGGAUACAUGAUAGUGGACAUUUUCCUACUAUUGAUACAUUGGAUGAGGAUGAUGAUGACCUUGGAGAGGAGGAUUUAAGUUGAAACAAUUUACUCUAGUUGUUAUUUCAUGACUUAGUUAUGGAUUUUUUGUAAAAGUUUAGAACUAUUAUUAUGGUUGACUCUAUUUUCUAUUUCAUGACUUAGUUAUGGCUUUUUGUUAAAGUUUGAAACUAUUAGUAUAGUUGAAUCUAUAAUCUAUUUUAUGAAUUUGUUA